CAGAUCUUGUUGCACAUCUCUCAGUGGAGCCAGUGCCAUUAUUGUCAAGACUAGCUUCAUUAACAUGUGUUUUGUUCGAUAUCAAGCAAUUUCAACAGAUUUCAAUAAAGCACGCAAGUGAAAGAACUGAAAAUGACUCUCUCGAUUGAUGAAGUAUUUCAAGAAAUUGGUGAAUUUCAUAAGUUCCAAUGGUUGAUGCUCACCAUUAUUGGUUACACCGUUUUUACAACUGGUACAUUUCCUGUGAUGAUUGUUACAUUCAUCACUGCAGAACCAAAUUGGCAAUGUGUGAAAGGAUAUAACAGUUCAAUCUGUAACUUUAACGAAUCCAUUGGCUUGACCAGUAAAUAUUAUAAAGACAGAUGUGACAUGCCAAGAGAGGCAUGGACAUACGUAGAAGGCUUUACAUCUACGGUGACGGAGUACGAUCUUGUUUGCGAUAAGUCCAUUCUUCAAUCAGUUGCGCAAUCAUGUUAUUGGGUUGGAGCACUUCUUGGCUUAUUACUUGGUGGUUAUCUCUCUGAUAAAUUUGGUCGGAGAAAGAUUUUUAUUAGUGGAAUUGUUUCUGUAACCCUUGCUACAUGGAUCAUGAUUUUCCCAAAGUCUUUUGAAUUGUUUAUUAUUUGUCGGGUCUUAAUAGGAAUAGGUUCAGGUCUUUACUAUAACAACAGUUUUGUUUUGCUGGCGGAAUUCACCACAGCGAAGUAUCGAGCAAAGAUUGGUAUUUAUUCAUUUCUUUUCUGGAUAGCUGGACUACUGGUUCUUGCUUUGAUUGGGUUCCUUGUUCCUGACUGGAGAUAUUUUCUCUUAGUGACUGCUUGCUUUGCUGUACCUUGUUUGUUUAUUUCUUGGUUUGUACCUGAAAGUAUGCGAUGGUUACAGCUUCAUGGCCGACAUGAGAUUGCAAGAAAACAAUUAGAAAAAGUAGCUCAUUUGAAUGGUAAAGAAAUGCCAAGUAAAGAUUUUAAAAUUUGUGAAAACAGAGCAAAAACUGGAAGCUUUAAGCAUCUCUUUUCAAAUUGGAAAUUGGUUAAAAUCACACUCAUUAAUUGGAAUAUAUGGUUUUCAAAUGCCUUAGUUUACUAUGGAGCGUCGUACAUUUCUGUUGACAUCGGAGGAAACAGAUAUCUAAACUUUGCUUUAACAAGUCUUGUCGAGCUACCAUCCGACUUAUUGUGCAUUGUCACUGCUAACAAAUUUGGUCGAAAGAAAACGGUAGUUGUUUCUCUGAUCAUGGCAUUUUUUGCGUCUAUCAUUUCUGUGUUAAUACCAGGUAAUACUGGGGCAAGAAUUAUUUUAGCACUUUUGGCAAAAUUUUUCAUAAACAUGUCAUUUUCUGGAAUUUAUAUUUGGAGUACUGAAAUGUUCCCCACUUGCAUCAGAACAAUGAGUUUAGGCUCAUCUUCGGGUGCAGGAAGAUUUGGAUCUUUUGCUGCGAGUUACAUCGUAUGGUUGAUUCGUGUUCAUCGCAUUCUUCCAUUUGGAAUUAUGGGUAUAAUUUGUCUCCAAGCAGCCAUCUUAGCAAUAUUUCUUCCAGAGACAAAAGGAAAACCAACAUCAGAAAUACUCGACGACAUGUUGCAAUUGAGCACAAAGAAAGUGCAAUCAGAUAAUUUGAUUGAUAAAACUGAUUUUAAUGCAGACAACUCUGAAUAAAUCAUCUUCAGAUGGAAUUUUUUUAUGUUUAUAGGUAGAAAUUAUGAACAUUUAGACCAUGUUAGUAUAGUCAAACGUUUAUUUUGGGCAAAACAUAGUCAACGUUAAACUCAUUUUUCACGCAUGUCACAUAUUGUCACAUAUUUUCUUACAAGUUUUUGUCACUUGAUGACAAACAUCUGUUCAAUGGUUUAAAUACGUUCAUUCGAUAGAAGAAAGCUUUGAAGAUGGCGGACAAACGGGCAUUUAAUAUUUUUUGCAGACAUUUCGUGAAAUUUUAAUUAUAUCAAACAAAAUACAACGAAAUAAACCUUUGCUGAAAUUUAAUGAUAUGCGCAUGUAAGAAAGCUAUGCGUUUACGUUCAUUGGUUCAAGGGCAAAUAAUUUGUAUAAAGUGGAACUAAUCAACAUGCAUGAAUUCGACCCGACUUAAAAACAUUAUCCGAGUGAAAUAAAUUUGUGAUACGUUUAUCAUUGUA